AUGCCCAGCAGCAAUGCCGUCUCCCCUGACCGUCUUCGAACCCCUUUUGCCUUGUCCUUGCAAAGAGGGACAACCAUCAUACGCUGCACACAUUCACAGUACUACGAUGACGUGAAGCUGCGCCGUGCCCCCGCGCCGCCUUUGCCUGGGGACUUCCGGCACGGUGGACGUUCGCGGCCCGCCACACAUCCACUUAGAGGAGCACCUUGUAAGGAUGCAGCCCUGCAAAGGCAGCGCAAGGCUUGCGGGGUGGCAGACAUGAGAGAAGGCACUUCUGGGGCAGAUUACCAACUCGUCGCGACCGUAGAGGAGCACAUUAGGGUGCCCUCCAGGUCGUCAUCUCACCCUGUUACCGACAGUCGCUGCAGUCCUGGUCGUGAGGGCGGAAGGGGAGACGAGGACGGCGUUGCCGCCUCCUCACUGACUGAGUCACCGCCCUCCCCGAAAGUUGUGGUGGACUGGGGCCAACCAGACCCCCAUGUAGAUGGACAGGAGUCUGCCAAAGCUACAAGCCACUCGACAGACGAGACUGUGGUUCGGGGGUAUAUCGGCAUCGCGUACGCGCUUCUACGCCACUUCGAAGAGGCCCUAGGGACCCAGCAGAGACUUACGGCAGGCAGCCUACAGUGUGCAGAGACAGUUUGCAAGGCCCUUAAUGCGCUUCAGGACUUGAACCCGAGAUUCCAGUUGCUCGCGCAACGCAUUGCAACUGCCAUUGGUCUCUUACACAGGCGCAAGGAGCUGGACGACAAAGACGCAGCAGAACGGGGGGUUCUUUACGGGAAAGUGGAGUUCCCAUACCCUGGAGUUGAUAAGGCUAGUUGGGCAGCAGUAUCGCAGUAUUCCUCAUCACCUCUGUGGAUGCACCCUUCCAACUCUGUUGAGAAGCGAGCGGUGCUCCCAAGGGCCACUGGGUCCCUUCAACAGAUGCAGGAAGAGACGAUGGAUCUAUGGGAGCAGCCCAAAUGCUGCACUAGCGUUAACUUUCAAGCAAUGCAGUGCAGGGAGAGACAGCAGCGACGCAUUGCUGGACCUCCUACUCCCAAAGUUGUGCCUGUGCACGAAACAGUGAAGGACAUGGGGACGAAUCGUGAAGUGUCUCUCCAGGCGGCGUCUAGCCAAUCAUGCAGCGUGGGUGAGAUAGAGCGAGGCGGCACUAGUACGAAAGACUCUGCAAUUGCUUUUCCCUCUGGGAAGCGUGUGGACGCCUGCUUGCAAGGCAAAAGAGCUUCGCUGGCAGUAUCGGAGUUCCAGCAAGGCACGACCUCCAGACCCUCCACAGGCAGUUUAUUCCUACAAACCGAACAGCUCCGCAAGACUUCUGAGUGGGAGACAUGCAGCCCGGAGAGGCCUUACAGUACUUUGCAAUCCGCGGGGAAGUCUACGGCGCGUCUUCCUGUCCUUUGUUUGUCCAACGUUCGCACGAGGUGUCCGCACUCCUCGGAUGGUCUCCCCAGGACCCAUCUUGUUGGGCCGCACCUUGGAGGUGUGUCCUCUAGUGCUAGCAACAGAACGAUACGUACUGCCAUACCCUUUCGAGAAUCGGAAGGGAACUUGAAUGUGCGGCCACUGGUUCUGAGCGAAACUCACGUCUUGGCGGACAAAGGCAGUUCGCAGUGGAAAGAGGAUCCAAACCGUGCUUCAGCAGCGGAGGCACUAGCACUCAUUAGGUGCGCCACUGACCUUAUCGUUAGUGGGGAGGGGCCGGGGUUUGUGGAGAAGCAGUUUUUCCGAUACUUCGGGCCGGAAAGCCACCAAUCCGAAAGGCCCCGCAUUCCUGAGGGCAUGACACCGGCGCAGGGCAAGUACCUCCUCCUCCGCUACGCCAUUGCGAGGGUGGAGGCUGAGUACGGAGAAGCGCCCACUGCGAGAGAGACGCAUCUAUACCUUCGCGAUUUACGAAGAAUGGAACAAAUCGUCGUCGACGCUGCGCCUCCCCAGAUUCUCACCAUUAGGCAGGAUUCCCAACUCCGUCAAAGUGCGCAUUUUCUGCCAGAACGGUCACCAGAGGAACGGAUGGAGCGCCGUUUGCCUCUGACUAUUCUCAGCCUUCCUACAAGCGCCCCCCGGCAGGAAGCAGGACAGCCUCGCGUGGACUCACCUACAGUGCAUUCUGAGGGCACCAACCACUCGUCUGUGGAACAAGUGCUUGUGCAACUCGCGCCUCCCAAACAAGAGAACUCCUUCAGGAGUACCGGCAGUGAUGUCUUUUCUCCGCAGCUUAACACGAUGAGCCUGCCAAAUCCUCUUCCCAUUCUCGGGGGGUCGGGGCAGAGCUGCGAGACGCUGGCGACUUCUAAGCAGACAACGAGUAGUUCAAUUGGGGAGCUGAGACAGCCUUCGCAAGGUUCGUCAUCAAGUUAUGUUUCCGCCGUGUCGACGCCGGUGUCUGCUCUUCCAGAUGUCCCCACUGCGGCGGACGAGUGGGAAAACGAAAGCAAAAGCUGCACCUCGUCACGAGAGGUGUCUCUUCCAACACCAACGCUUGCGCGGGAAUCGUCAUCCGCUUCUUUAGCACAGUCCACAGCUGCCUCAGGGCUGUUGGCAUUGCGCAGAGACAGCUCGUCUUUUGAAAAGUUCUUUGAAAAGUCUCCUCCAGCGGAAGAAGGCAACCGCUCCAAGCUGCUGAUACGUAAAGGAAGCUUUGACCCUAUAUCGGUAGGAGAGAAAGGCUUGAAGUUGAGCAGCCGGAGCGUCGUGCGUGACUCUGUCAGUGGCGCAGUUACCUCUGUAAUUUUCGAACCUCCAAAGAACACUGCGGGGCGGUCUGUCCUCGACACAGCGACUUCUGCGGCGCUGAAUGAAAUUACUGAGCCGCGUGCCUCAAUUUUGGCCCCUUCAGAGUUGCACGCAUAA